AUGAGAAACUCAUAUUUGUUGUUCAUCAUUGCCAUUACCUUAGUACAUGGCUUGGAGGAGUCUCUGACCCUUAUGAGUUUGGAGCAGAUGAAUUCUUUAGAUACAUCUUAAUUCGAUUGUUCACGUCCCUAAUCUGAAUUCAUUUAGAUGGAGAAUUCCUUGUCUUAAUGGUAAGACUUGUUAGAACAUAAGGAUUAUAUUGAUCAUGAUAUUAAAGUAUUACAAGGCAUUCAGGCAAAAGUCGGUCUUAAAGCAACACAUAAAUAAGUCAUCAAAUCAUUAAGUCAACUUAAAUUACCUAAAACAUCUACUAAAAUUGGAUUAGCCGAAGUAGAAGCUCUUAAACAAUAAUGUGGAUGUCUUAAGAAAUCUGAAGAUAAUUGUGAUGCUCUCUUAAAAUUGCUCUCUUAUUUCAUACUUUCCCUUAGGAAUGUUUAAUCCUAAUGCUAAUAACAUCCAAUAACUGUAAUUAAAAUUAAAGGAAAAAUCCAUGAUCUCUAAGUUAUAAGAGCUGGUUGUGGAGGUACCAUAGAUAUCAAAGGUGAUGAAAGUUGCGAUACUCCAUCAGAACCUUAAUAACCUACAACUGAUCCAAUCACAGAGCCAAAAGAAGAUCCAAAACCUGAGCCAACAGAGGAUCCAAAACCUGAGCCUACAGAAGAUCCUAAAACUGAGCCAACCUAAGAUCCAGUCCCAGAUGAUUAAAAAGAUUCAGAUGAACCAGUAGAAGAAACGACUGAAGAAGCAACUAUUGAUGAUACAGAAGAAACAGUUGUGACUCCAGAAGAAGGAGCAGAAUAAAUUGAUGAAGAAGCUCCUGUAAUAGCAGAAGAAACAACAGAACCAGAAGAGACAGUUUCUGGGGAAGAAGGUGCUGCUGGAGUUGAAGAAACUGAACCAGGAGCUGAGGAAGAAUAAUAAGCAGGCCCGGAGGAAGGUCAAGUUGAAGAAUAAGUUGAUACUCCAGAUGCAGAAGAGGAAGUAGAUACAGAAGCAGCAGUAGAAGGAGGAGAAGAAGAAGGUUAAUAAGAUGCAGAAGAAUAAGUAGAUUAAGAAGACAUUAAUGAACCAGAAGAAGAGAUUGAUAUUUAAGUACCAGAAGAAGGUUCAGAAGAAGAUAUUAGAGACAGUACAGAGGAAGGAUAAGGUGAAAGUACAGAAGAAGGAUAAGUAGAUACAGCAGAAGAAGAAUAAGGAGAUAGUGCAGAAGAAGGAUAAGAUGCAGAAGAAGUUGUAGAUGCAGAAGAAGAAUAAAAUGUUGAUGCAGAAGAAGAAUAAGUUGGAGAAAGUGGUGCAGAAGGAUCUGAAGAGACAGUACCUUAGGCUGAAGAAGAAAUGUAAAUUGAUGAACCAGCUGAGGAAAUUGAUAUUGAAGUACCUGCAGAAGAAGAAGCAUGUGAAGAAGAAGAAGAAGAAGAAUGGGAAUAAGAAGAAGAAUAAGUUGGUGAAGGAGUAACAGCAGAAGAAGGUGAAUAAUCAGGAGAAACACCAGAAGAAUAAUAAUAAGAUGGUGAAUAAGGGGGAGAGGAAUAAUAAUCAGAAGCUGAAGAAAGUGCUGUUGGAGAACCUACUUAAUUUGAUGAAGAAUAAAAUGAAGAAGCAAGUGGUGAAGAAGCAGUUAGAGAUGAAGAAGAAGCAGGUAGUACUGAGGAAACAAUUAAUGAUGAAGAAACACUGGAUGAAGAAGAGAGUAGUACAGCUGAUGAACCAAUUCCAGAUGAUUAAUAAGAUGAAGAAUAAGAAGUAUUACCAGAAGGAUGUAGAUAAGUUCCAGAAGAUGUUUUAGAUAUAAGUUGGUUGAGUACAGAACCAAUUGCUGUAAGUGAUUUACCAGUUACUGAAUCUUAAAUUAUUGGAUUAUCUUUCUAUUUCAGAUGGUUAUCUAAAUUCCCAGAUGCUGUUCCUGAAGGAUUGAAUCAAGAAACUAAAUUCUUUGUUGCUGGUUUAGGAAAUGCUUUGAAAUUCUAUGUUGGAUAAGGAGGUUUCCAUUUCAGUUCAUUUGAUGAGAAUGGUGUAGAAACAUAUAAGAAUGCUGGACAUGGUGAUAUUGAAGGAUAAUGGGUACUUGUAUACUUUGGUAUCUCUAAUUAAAGAGUUACAGGAUUUGCUUAAAUAUAAGGAUAGGAUGUUGAAACUAUUGAAUUUGAUGUCAAUUUUACUUUAGAUGAAUCUUAUCAAUUAGUGAUAGGAGGACCAGAUGGUGAUGUUAAAUCAUUUAAUGGUUAAAUUGCUAGAGUAUUUGCAUUUAAUGAUGAAUUAUAUACAGAAGCUACUGAAUUUAAUUAAUUCAUUACUAAUUGUUAUGGAAUUCCUAAAAAUAUCUACAGUGGUAAGAGAUUGACCAUACCAAUUGAAAAGGAGAGAACAUUUGUAUCUCCAGCUGCUUUUGAUUAUGAUAGUGUCUUUGAAAAUAAGAAACCAAUGUUACCUGACGAAUAUUCUGCAAGUGGUUGGUUCAAAUGGGAGACACCAAAUGAUUAGAAUAUCUGGCAUUCAGGAUUCAGAUGGACAACCAAUAAUCAAGAAACUAAUUAAAACUUUAGACUUCUUGGGGAUAGAGGACUGUCUUUCUUCGUAGGUGAUGAAGAUAAUCUUUAAGGUCAUGUUGCUUUCUGUACUUAUUCAUAUAAAACUGCUAAUGGGUAUUUAUUUAUAUUAAUUAUAUUUAGUAAAUCUAAAGUUAAUGAUUGUAAAAUGGUUAAAUAUGGUAAUAAAUUAACAGAAUGGUUCUAUGUUUAUUUUGGUUACAGUAGACAUUUGAACAAAGCAUAUGGAUACAUGGAAUUCACUCAUGAAAUGGCUUAAAUGGAAUUCAAAGAUGUUAGACAUUAUUAUGCAGGCAAAAUCUAUUUCUAUCUUGGAUAAGAUAAAUUCUACCCACCUUUUAAUGGUAAAGUUUAAGGAUUCAUGUUGAAUUUCUUCGAUGGAUCAUAUAGAACAUCCAAUUAUGAUUACAGUAUUAAUAUAUAUAUCAAUUAAAUUAGCUUUCGGAUAUUUCCCAAGACCUGUUUAUGAAUAUGAUGAUUCUAAGGAAUUAAUCCCAUCUGAACCUAUUCAAAAGAAAAAGUAAUUUAAUAUAUCUAAUUUAGAUGUCCAAAAGUUGUUGAAAUCACUGUUGAGAAUGCAUCUGAUGUUUUAUGUGCUUUGAGUAGUUAUUUAUCUGCUGUUGCACAAGGACAUGAUCCUGCCUCCGAUCCUAAGGCUGAAACUUUCUGUUUCUGUUUAGUCUAUGAGGAAGGUAACUUUAUCUUUAUUUCUGUUUAGAAAAUGCAUCCCCUGAUUUGCUCAUGUUAGCAUAAUUAUUUGGUGGAUAAUUUAAAUAAAAAUCAUCAAAUGUUAAUUCCUCUAUUAAGAAACUUAUUGCCAAAUAGAAUAGAAUUUAAAAGUGAUUGUUAGAACAUUCAACAUUAUUAUAUUAAUUAAUAUACUC